AUGAAGCUCGCGGGAGAACGAAAAAACCUACCCACAUCACUCAUGAUGAGGUUCGGGAAUAAUAAAAAACGAAAUAAAUGGCCAAAAUAUAACGGCAGGGCUCACGCAGGAAGGGCGGAAAGUGAUUUGAGAGGAAUCUUUGAUGAUGUUGAUGACAUCGAACGUACUCGGCUUCUGAAUUAUUAUUUUCGAUUCACAUGGGUGCGUGGUUUUUCGAGUCCCGUUCACGACAUUUUAAAGGCUGGUGAUUCGAAAGUUUUGGACAUAGGUUGCGGCUCAAAAGAUUUUCUGUUGGAACUUUCUUCCGAAUAUCCGAAAUCGCACUUCUAUAGUGUGGACUGCGCCUCCAAGUACUCGCUGACAGCUCUUCCGCACAACGUAACACUCCAACAAUACGAUCUGUUGGAGGGUUUUCCGUAUGACGACGAGACAUUCGAUUUUGUUAACAUUCGAUUUGUGAAACAUUGCUUUAGUGAAAACGAAUGGAAAACCAUAAUCAUACCAAAUAUCAUGAGGGUCGUCAAGCCGGGCGGAUGGAUUGAGUUCAUGGAUGUUGAUGAAAACGUUUAUAAUACCGGUCCGGAAACGCGAAGAUUCAUGCAGAUAGUUGAAUCUCCAUACGGUCUCGCGAGCAACAACUUUAGCACCAACGACUUUUAUGACCUCAAAAUCGAAUCGCUUCAAGAAAUCAUCCAAUCUGCUCAACCAGAACUCGGUUCAUUAAUUGUCAUAGACAAGUUGAUUCCAUGGCAUCCUACUCAUUCUUCUGUCCAUAAAACUGAUAUACACUUAGCGAACAAAUUACUUAACUCGCUCAAAUUUAAAGUGCAUCUCGAAUAUGGAAUGAAGCUGGAUCAAUUUGACAAAAUGUCGAAUAAGAUAAUCAGCGAGGUCGAAGAGUUUAAAACCUACACCAUGACAUACAGAAUGUUUGCACGAAAACGACAACUGUGA